AUGGCAAAGGCGGGGGCAAUCUACGUCCUCCUCGCCGUCGCUUUCCUCCUCUUCCUCUCCCUCUCCCCGUCUCCCAACCACGCCCCUAAGCGCCGCCGGCACAACCGCAGGCUGGCCCACCUCCCCCACGUGGCUUUCGACCCCCUGCUGGCCGAGCUCGAGCGCCGCGUCGAGGAAGGAGGCCUCCUCGACGUCGAAUCAUUCAAACGGAAGCUCGAGGAGAUGAAGGACCGGAGCAAGGUGGACGGCGGCGGAGACGCCGUCAUAAAUAUCGAGGACUACUUCGGCCAGAACGGCCGGCUCAACCUCACCGAGAGGCUGGCGUAUCUCUUCCCCAUGCUCGACAGGUUCCCCCACGACGGAGGGAUCAGCCACCACGAGCUCGAGGUCUGGUUUCAGCGGCAGGCGGUCGACCGCCUCGUUCACCGCACCCAACGCCAGAUGGCGCAGCGCGACGGCGACGGCGACGGCGAACUCACGCUCCAAGAGCUCGAGACGGAACACGGUUCGACAUCAUCCCUGUUUUGGGACACAAACGAUCCAGGGAGUUCUGCGUCAUUGGAAGAACAAUUUUCCAACGCAGAUUCAGACGCCAAUGGAUAUCUCAAUGCCUUCGAAUUCAAAGGUUUCUUGUUUCCCGAGGACAGUCUAAACCCAAAGAUCAAGCUCUGGUUGCUGAAGGAAAAACUGAGGGAAAUGGAUCAAAACGAAGAUGGGAAACUAGACAUGAAAGAAUUUGGCGACCGAGCGUAUCAGAUUUUCCGAACUUACUCCGAGUAUGACGACGAGCACCUCCAACGUCAACCGGCCAACGUAGAAGAGGAGUUCAAGAGGCUAGACAUCGACGAAGAUGAUUUUCUGACAGCUGAAGAACUGAGGCCUAUAUUUCAUCAACUCUGCCCCGGUGAGCUUUCCCAUACCACACAUUACGCGAACUACUUGAUGCGUAAGGCUGAUGAAAACAGAGACGGUAAAUUGACACUGGAGGAAAUGAUACGGCAGCAGUAUGCCUUCUACAGCAGUGUUUACGAGGAACUGGAAGAUGAAAAUGAUGACUACGACGUCUACGAUCAUCAUGAUGAGCUUCGGCGAUGA